GUGUUUGGCUGACCGGACGCUGCGCGCAUGCGCGCUGUGAACCUGCUGAGCUGUUGACAGUGAAACCGACAUCUGACCAGUCAAGAGAACUACAGUAGAACAUCAUGCAAGGCUCUUAAGCUCAGCAGAACCAGUCAUCACCAGCUGUCACCUCUAACCCUAAGCUCCUAACAUGGCUGAUGUUGAAUAUGUCUGCUUUGUGGACCGAGACAAGAUGGGUGAGCUGUGCCAGAACAGCGGCCCCGGCCAGCUCACCUGCACCGACCCCCGGGAACUCAAGCGGCUGGCCCGGCAGGGACACUGGGCAAAGAACCACAGCAUCCGGGCGCAGGUGUACCAGCAGCUCAUCAAGGGCAUCCCCUGCCGCACCGUGACGCCUGAUGCAGCGGUGUACCGCGACAUUGUAGACAAGGUCGUGGGCAAACGCAAGGCCAGCACCAUGCCUCUGCCCGAAAUUGUGGAUGGCAGCCCGGUGCCCUGCUACUGCCUGAACGGAGAAGGGGUCAGGGCUGCACAAAAGAUAGUCAUCUGCAUCGCCAACCAGUUCCCCGACAUCUCCUACUGCCCUGUGCUGCCUGCCAUCGUGGCACUGCUGCUUCACUUCAGCCAGGACGAAGCCGAGUGCUUCGAGAAGGUUUGCCGCUUGCUUGCCUGCAACGAGCCGGGCCGCCGCAUGAUCGACCAGACUUUCCUGGCUUACGAGUCGUCCUGCAUGACCUUCGGAGAUCUGGCCAGCAAGUACUGCCCCGGAGCUCAUAAGCUAAUCCUCGCCACCUCCAGGUCUCAGGAUGUGCUGGAGGUGUACUCAGACUGGCUGCGCUGGAUCUUUGGAGACUUACCCUUGCCCUUUGCAGCCCGGGUGCUGGAUGUCUUCCUGGUGGAGGGCUACAAGAUCCUGUACCGGGUGGCCCUGGCGCUGCUCAAGUUCUUCCGCAAGAUGAGGGCCGAGGUGCUGGAGGAGAGCGGGGGAGCAGUGGGAGCAGGGGGGGACCUCCAGGAUGAGAUGCAGAUCUUCGUUCAGAGAGUGGGCAAGUUCGUGACCCCCGAGAAGCUCCUGGAAAAAGCCUUCGGUAUCCGCCUGUUCAACCGCAAGGAGAUCAGGCUGCUGCAGAUGGCCAACGAGCAGUCUCUGAAGCAGAAGGGCAUCACAGUCAAGCAGAAGAGACGCAACGUGCAUCUGGUGGUGGACACAGAGACCUUCAAAUCAGACAUUGUGAGUGUGAAGGAGAUGCGUGAUAUCUGGGCCUGGAUCCCAGAGAGGUUCGCUCUCUGCCAGCCCCAGCUGCUGUUCACCACCUCCGAGCACGGCUGCAGUCUCAACAGUUUCUAUGCACAGUCUGAGGGUUAUGAGCCAACUCUCCUGCUCAUCAGGACCACAGAACAAGAGGUGUGUGGAGCGUACCUGUCGACUGACUGGGCAGAGCGCAGGCGUAGUGGGAACAAGCUCAGCUUCUUUGGGACUGGAGAGUGCUUUGUCUUCAGGCUGAAGCCAGAGGUGGAGCGAUACGAAUGGGUUGUGAUCCGUCACCCUGAGCUGUCCCUGGCAGUGCCCCCCCGCAAUGCCGAGUCCCCGCAGCUCCCCAGCUCGGACCCCCCAGAUAGCUCGGACCGCCUCUCCCCCUUCCUGGAUGCCCGCCACUUCAACACUUCCAAAGCAGCCUCCAUGUUCAUGGCAGGGAACCAGGAGUCCAUUGUCAUCGGAGGGGGCGACGGCAACGCACUGUACAUCGAUGCAGAGUUGAACCACGGGCGUACGGCACGCUGCAACACCUUCGACAACCAGCCGCUAUGCUCGGAGAAUUUCCAGAUCGCAGUGCUGGAGGAGUGGGGCUUCCAGGAUACCAUGACCUCCUAAGCAGACCUCUGCAAGGGAUCCGCAGCACCCAGCUAACAAAACCCCUGCUGGGGAUAGACCUGGAGGAAGGGUAGGGGAGCAGUGAGCUGCACAGCAGAUAAAUUCAUUCCUGGCUCCUCCCUUGGCUACACCUGUAUAGAGGAGUCAGUAGCUAUGAUUCAGAACCAGCACAGCAAUAGGCAUCUUGGUUAUAUUUGCUCAAUGAUUUCACUGUGUAACAAUUUUUUUUUUUGUUCCUGGGUAGUAAGUGUUAUUUCCUAAUUGCUUAUGCCUCAAAA